GAGAGGGUUGGGGGGGAUGAGAGAUGGUGAGUGAGUUCCACCCACAUCUAUCUGUGUCUAAUGUGAGGGGGAGGCGAUCCAGUUCAGGGCUUUCUGUGUCAUUAACUGGUAUUAGUCUUAGAGAGGAGACUCGCUGAGACAGCUCCCAAUCAGAAUUCCAACCGGUUGGAGUGACAAUGGCUUGCCAUGUGAAGCUUAGGAAAGAGAAGGUCGGUAUAGUGGACUAUGACACCCAAAUCAAAGAGGUGCGCUGCCAGCUGGUAGACCAGCUGAAGUUGUUCGAUUUGCAACUGGAGCAGAAGAGCCAGCAACUCCAGGACCUGACUGACUACCUGAGACGGCGGGGAGAGAUUGAGGGCGAGUAUGCCCGUUCUCUGGACAAACUGGCUGAAAGGUUCACUUCCAAAAUCAAGAGGAAGGAACCCAGUGGGCAGUCGGCGGCCCAGAUUUGGCUGGCUGUGCUGUCCCUGACCCGACAGGAGAGUAAGGACCACAACGGACUGAGUGAGAGCUGCAGCAAUGUGCUCACCCAGCCCCUCACUCACUGCCUGGAGUAUACACAACGCCUAGCCAGAAAGAGUAAAGACAUCUGCACCCAGUUACAGGACGGACUGUUAAAGGUCACCACUGAGUUACAGACUGCAUGGCGGACGUACUACCAGUACCACACAGAUUAUGUGUGUGCAGAAGGGAAGCUGAAGGAGGCAGAGAAACUGGAGGAAAAGCAGAAGCAGAGCGCUGCCAAGAAAGUCGAGAGGCUGAAAGAAAAAAGACUGAUUAAGGUCCAAGAGAUCCACCUGAAGUGCAGUAAGGCCCGAAAUGACUACCUCCUAAACUUGUCUGCAGCCAAUGCCUCUAUGAAAAAGUAUUAUCUCAAAGACAUCUCCUCGCUCAUCGAUUGUGCAGAUACUGGGUACCACCUCUCCUUGGGUCAUGUGAUGCAGGCCUACUUAUCAAAACGGUGGCGGGCUCAAGGGAACCUGGGCACCGGGCUACAGCAGCUCCAAGGAGAAGUGGCUGGCCUGAACCAGAGCCAGGACAGAGACACUUUCCUGCAGGCCCACCACAACGCCUUCUGUUUGCCCCUCCGCUUCCACUACCAGCCCCAUGAUGGUGACCAGGUGUCCGAGGUUUGUGCAGAGAGUGAGAUGAGGUGUGAGCUGGAGACCAGGUUCAAACAGAUCCAGACCAGACUGACGGCGGUCACCAAGGAGACGGAAGGGGCUUAUGAGUGCCUGCAGACAGCCCAGUCGUACCUGCUGGAGAGCCUGAGCCUCAGUAAUGAUGACCUGGAGGCCGGCGGUGCCAGUGAUCUGUCUCAGGAAGGCAGUACUGAAAACCUAGCAGCCAGACUCAGUGGGGCCCGACGGAGGAUCAAUCUACAGGAAGCAGAAAACCUCUAUAUCACUAGAUUCAAAGAGUACUUAGUAGACACCUCACUGGUAUCCAAACUGCAAGCCAAACAUGAUCUGCUUAAAUUGGCAAUAGAAAAAGCUGAAGCAACAAAUGGUCAAGAAGCCAGACACAUCAAGUCAAUGCGUGUGAAGAAGAGUCAGUCUAGUUCUAAACUAACCUACAAUCUUGGACUUUUUACUGGCAACAUGAUGUCAUUCAUACAGGCAUCAGGACAGCAGAUCCCACUAGUUGUGGAGAGCUGCAUUCGCUUUAUCAACCUCAAUGGUCUCCACCAUGAGGGGAUAUUCCGGGUGCCUGGGUCCCAGGCGGAGGUCAAUAACCUGAGGGAUGCCUUUGAGCGAGGAGAAGAUCCCCUGGCUGAGGGUUGGUGUGACCUGGACUCCGUGGCUGGAGUGCUGAAGCUUUACUUCAGAGGCUUGGAAAUCCCCCUUUUCCCUACUGACAGCACCAGCCAGCUCCUAGAAUAUGCCCAAAUAGAGGAUGAGGCUGAGAGAGCUGCUCAGCUCAAAACUGUCAUCUCUUCCUACCCUGAGCCGGUUAUCGUUGUCAUGAGAUAUCUCUUUGCAUUCCUUCAUCAUGUGGCCCAGUACAGUGAUGAGAACAUGAUGCAGCCCUACAAUCUGGCUGUGUGUUUUGGCCCUACACUUGUGAGAGGAGCCCACGACGAUGAUGUUGUCACCCUGCAGCCUCAGAUCAAUGCUCUGGUCAAGAGCAUCAUCCUUCAGCAUGAGAGCAUCUUCCCCAGCCAGGACGAGGUACAAGGACCUGUAUAUGAAAAAUGCAUGACACUGGAACAGGAUGACUGUGAAGCUAUCAUUGAAGAGGGAGAUGGGGAAGCAGAGGCAUCCCACAGUAAAAAUGAAUUGGACACCGUGUUCUUGACUGACCAGAGCACCAGCUUGCCUGCAGCAAAGAUACAGAAAAAAGGAGAGCAUCUUCGAACCAAUAGCAGAGGUUCCCCUGACCCAAGUGGUCCUGGAGGUCUCCCAACAGCAGGCAGCAUUAUUCAAGGUGGAAAGUUCAUGCUACAGCUGGCUGUGGGACCCCAAAGCAAGCUGCCAUUGGCCUACUCACCUGGCUUACGUAGGGAGAGCCAUCACCAAUCAUCCUCUGAGGACAUCACUAUUCAAGUUGACAAGGAUGUCUGUCGCCAGAUGGACUCGGUCUUCAAGGAGCUUCUCUCCCGACAAGUACUGCAAGAUCCCUCCUCCGCCACCACCUCUUCCUCUGGCCAAGCUCUCCAGAGGAAAGGGAAGCGUGAGGAGCGCAGGUGGAAGGCCACUGGGUUGUUUAGAUCAGCAGACCAAGUGGACUGAGAAGAAGACUGAGAAGAGUGAAGAGUUGAUAUGAAAGGCGGGAGAGAUGAUACACAGAGGAGUGGCAAUUAGGGAACCCAGGUGUAUGUUGAUUCAUAGUGACAGCAGCUAUUGACAGUGGGAUUUCUGGAAGACUGAGAUCAGUGGCCCAUUGUUGCCUCACUGGAAUGAUCUGCAAUUUAGCAACUCUGUGACUGGACAGGGUUUUAUACAUACAGAAGGCCUUUUGUAUGUGUUUUGUACAGCACACUCAUGUGGUUACUGCACCAACUCCAUUACAUAUUCCCAAGACACAACAGACGUUUUGGAGGACUAAUGGAUUUUUUUUUUUUUUUUACUCAUUGUAUAUUGCUGGAAUUACUUGACAUGCACUAAGGUGUUAUACGAUUGGAUAUAAUGAUGCAACUUGAUGCUGUUUGUGUUUCUGACAUUGUGCAAGUCACAAUGUGAAACUGUUCCACCCAACCCAGAUUCUUCCUAGGAGAUUUCAGGCGGUGCUGUAUAAAGAACCAGAGGGAACACUGGCGCUUGAAAUGCCCUUAGUGUGUACACUCCAUUGUACACCUUGAUAGCCAUACUAUCACCUUUACAGCACCCAUUAACUCCCCCCCCCCAAGACACACAUACACACACACACACACAAAAUACUUGUGUAUAUACCUUUUCAUAUUUCUUUAUGAAAUGAGAUGAAAUAAGUCCUUGUCACUGAGAAAAACUGUAUUCUCUAGUUGGUUAUGUGUUUGUACGUCUGAGGGGGUGCCAUUAAAGAUGUACUAGACACUUAAACAUGUUUUUUGAGCUGUAAACUGAAUGAUAGUGUGACGUGCAUGGAUAAGUAGACACGUUAGCCUUCGGACCCUUUAGUUGACUGGUUAACGUAGUCGCUUGCAGUGUGGGAGUCACGGGUUCGCGUCCCCGAUGCGGCGUGCUGAGCUACGCCCCCUGAAUUCGCUACAUUGGUGUCAGAAGUGGGAUGGUGAAACCGUGAGGUCAUCGGAAGCGCGUUAGGGAGCUGAUAUUCAAGGAGGAGAGGGUUACUGUAACGUGCAUGGAUAAGUAGACACAUUAGCCCUUGGCUACGGGUCGGACUCUUUAGUCAACUGGUUAACAUAGUCGCUUGCGGUGUGUGAGCCACAGGUUCGCGUCCCAAGCUACACCCCCUGAAUUUCGCUACAAUAUGAAUGUACUGUGAUGAAACACAACAAUACUGGUGUUAAUAUUGACAUUUCUUACUAAAUUUUCAAUUUUUUUUUAAAAAAAAAUGGCAUUUUGUGGGUUGAAACUGGCCCAACACGUCAUCUACUGUUUAAAAUCAACCCUGAACCUUGUAAGUUUGCGUCCGGGUGGUGUGGCGGUCCCCGUGUUACCUCGGCUUGGUUGGGUUGGCCAUGCCUGAGGGUGGGAAGCCGGAUGUGGGUGUCCUGGUCACUGCACUAGCACCUCCUCUGGUCGGUUGGGGCGCCUGUUCGGGGGGGGGGGUAGCAUGAUCCUCCCACGAGCUACAUAUUAUAGUAGAACUACAUAGAGGGGUAUGGCAUGCUAGAACACAUGCUAGAACGCUUAAUUUGAGUGGUAUUUUCCGUAAAAAUACUCAAAGACAUGUUUUGGGGACCCCGAAGACUUAUAUUGAUGAAAAAUAGCAUAAUAGGUCCUCUUUAAUACAACCACGGCUACGUCCCCCUGAUGAAACUCCACACUGUCAGGUGAAAAGAAGCGGCUGGCGACGCCACAUGAAUCGGAGGAGACGUGGUAGACUGCAGCCCUCCCCGCAUCUGCAGAGGAUAGUGCGGUAUGCUAUGUCAAAAAAACAGCUCCCGUAGCAUUUUUGUGCCAAAAUUUAUUUCUUUGCUGUUUUGGCUUCUAUAGGGACCAAACUCACAGAAAACGAAGGGUGCCAAAUUUUCUGACCCCCACCCCCAAUUCUGGGGGGCCAUCUAUUUUGGGACCUCCCAGAACAGUAAAAUAGAAGUCCGCCUGGGACUACUCUUACUAAAAUGGCUGUAGAAUUGUUAUGCUUCAGUUGUAUAACACCAAAUUUGGAGGAGAUGCAGUUGAGAAGUUGUAGAACAGAUCCAAAUAUCUGUGGCCUGCUGGUAAACGGUAUUACUGAUGUUAUUCACACUCAAAUUGUAAGUUUUGUUUAGGCGAACCUAAAAAAUUGAAUUUCUGCUGUAGUUUAUCUGCAGCCUUUCUGUCCUGGUGGAUGGUACAACUAAACUUCCACUUGAAGUACAUUUUUCCAGGUGUUACCUAUACAUUGACACCAGAAUUGUGCAUCUGGGCCCUGUACUUGCGGAGCUAUUACUGAAUUAUUUUGGGCAUGUAAUUUCGGGUGAAAAUUCAAAAAAAUUGCUUGGGGCUGAAGUGGUUUUUAAUGUCCAAUUUUUAUAAUAUUAUAGUUGUUUUGUAGGUUUUAAA